CGCGAACUGACUUAGACGAAGACGAGAGAAGGCGCCACUUAAGGCGCAGUCCGAAAAGAUGGUGUUGAAAAACACCGGGGAGCCAGAGGCUAUAUGCAGUCGGCGUAGACAGUGAUAAUGGUCUCGGAGCCAGUCGUAUCAGAUCACGCGGGCCCAGUGUACCGAUGUACCUGGCCGCACAUGAAUAAUCAUAGCUCAGGAAUUACCUUGAGUUACGUUAACUAUCCGGUACACACUGAUACUCGGAAGUAAUGACAUGUAAUGAUCAUGACUGAUAGCAAUUACGGUCCGGGACUUUGAUUCCUCUGUUUUGCCUUAUCGGAAUUUCUUAAGUCCGAUUCUUAUCGUUACAUUCCUCCCCACCUAGAGCGAGAGUCCCUGCGAGCUUAUGUUUGCUCCUUGUUGGCACGUCGCUCCGUCGUACCGUGCUAUUGACGUGUACGUUUUGAUGGCUUCCCCUCGGCUGUGGCUGCCACACGUUUUUGCUGUGCUGGUCCAUCAGCUCGUGUUUUCCGCACCUGUGUAGCAUGGGUGGCCCAAUACUCGUCUAUUGCUGCUUCUGUGAUGUUGAGUUCGGGCUCCCAGCUGUUGUGCUCUGGUCCGUAGCCUUCCCAUGCAACAAGAUACUCACGUCGUGUUUUCCUGCCAUGCUUAAUGUCUCGGUGGGCUAGUAGUCUGCUGACGGCCCAGUAGGCGCCGUCCUCCAGCACUGCCACGGGACCAGCCGGCGUGCGUCCUGUGCCUUCUUUGAAGGGCUUGAUGAGGGACACAUGGAAUACGUUGUGGCACUUGUAUGAUGGUGGUAGGUCUAGCUUGACCGCGACGGGUCCUAUGCGCUCUAGUAUAGUGAAGGGUCCUAUCCAAAGUGGUAGCAGUUUGGUUGUACCAGGGUGCCGUAGCCGAAUGUUCUUCGUGCUUAACAGUACCUUCUGUCCCUUCUUGAAUUGAGCGUCACGGCGAGCUGUGUCGGCGUAUUUCUUGUAUCGGUCCUGCGCUUUGGCAAUGAACCGUUUGGCGAUUUCCAACUGCUCUUUCAUGUCCGUACAGAAUCGUGCUGCUGCCGGCACGGGGCUGUUCUCCAUGCCUAGCAAUGUGGGUAGGCGUGGUGUACGGCAGUAGUUUAGUUGGAAAGGUGUUGCCUUGAUGGACUCUUGGUAUGUAUUGUUGAUUGCAAACUCGGCUAAGGAGAGCUUGACAUCCCAAUCAGUUUGCGCUGGAUUUACGUAGUUGCGUAGGAUUUCCUGCAACAAGCGAUGCAUUCUUUCCGUUUGCCCAUCCGUUUGUGGGUGGUAAGCGGUUGAUAGCUUUCGUUCGGUACCAGUGAGGCGCAGUAGCUCAGUCCAGAAUUUGCUAAUGAACUGGGGUCCACGAUCCGAAACCACUUCUUCCGGGAAUCCAUGGUGGCGGAAGACAUUAUCGAGGUAUAGCUGGGCUAAGUCUUCAGCUGUCACAUCUUCGGUUGUGGGAGCGACCCGACACAUCUUUGUAAGACGAUCAACGAAGGUGACUAUGGUAUCGUACCCCGCCGUGGUUUUUGGCAGGUGUGUGAUGAAGUCCAUUGACACACUCCCCCAUGCGGCAGUAGGAAUGGGCAAUGGUUGUAGCAACCCUGCGGGCUUCUCAUGCGGUGGUUUAUUCCGCUGGCAUAGCUCGCAUGCAGAGACAUGGCGUCCCACGUCUACUGUCAUUCCAGGCCACCAGAACUCCCUGCGGCAGAGUUCCAAAGUGCGGGUUAUUCCGCGGUGUCCUGCAUAAGGUGAGCUGUGCAGCUCCCUUAUGAUUCGGUUGCGUAGGUCAUUGUGUUCCGGAACCACAAUCAGACCACC